AUGGUGAGGAGAUGCGACAAGAGCUUCAGGUGUGUGUGGUGGCUGAGUGCUUUGGUUCUUACUCUGGUUCAUGGAAACAACUUGAGCCAACAGGUCCAGGAGAGGCCACCCUGCCAGCAAGGUUUUUACUGCCCCUUGGGGAGCUUCACUCCACUCCCCUGUCCCAAGGGAACCUAUGGACCAGCAGCUGAUGCUGUGUCCAUAGAAAGCUGUCUUAAGUGUCCUCCUCAACACUACUCUCCCAGACCAGGCAUGUCUGCCUCCCUGCCCUGUGGCCCUGUGGCUCAGCAGUCUCUGUCUGGUCAGGACACUUGCAUCUGCUUGGGAGAAGGACAGACUUUCCAGACCAGUGACGGGCUUUGCCACUGCACCAUCGGCUACCAACCUGCUAACAACGGAGAUGUGUGUGCACAGAAACAGUACGACGUCUGCAGCGAUGGAAAAACUCGUUCACAGUAUGGAAACUGUAUGGACAGAUAUCAGUGGUCUCUUCACUGCAUGCAGCAGGUGUGUCAAUCUGCAGAAGACUACAGGGGUUAUGAUGGAGAGCUGGGUCUGUGUGUUUGCAAAGAGCCUCCUGGAAGAGCUCCGUGUGGAGGCCUUUGUAGGAGAAGGCCAGCUACUGAACUGGAGUUACUAUGCCGGACAAAUGGAGAAAUGGAGCUGGUGUGGAGUUAUGGCCACCAGGUGAUGGGUGUUUCAGGCAAGCUGCAGGAGACGUUUCUUAAACACUCAGACUCUGAUGGAACUCUGUGCAACAGCCAUAUCAGCUCCUCACAUGCUGUCUACAUUGUUCAGACAACAGAGGCGGGUUUUCUCGGCCUCCUCAGCGGCCUCCCAAAGGAACUUCAGCGACUGUUUACUGUUACCACAGAGAGGAAUGCGGAGCUGAACACUCAGAGCUCAGCUGAAAGAGAUGUUGAUAUCCUCUGGGAAGUCACUAAAGUUGAAAAUAUCAGUCAUGAAGGAAGAGAAAACAAUGGAAACAAGAGUGAUGUCAAAGAAGAAAUAAGAGAACUGAGUGUAACCGGAGUUUUGAACCCCACAACGUGUCUCAAGUUGGGCGAUGUUAUCCUGUUUACUGUUGACACACAUCACUAUCCUCAGUAUGAUCUUGACAAUUUAUACAACACAAACAGAGAUUUUGACUGGGGGGCAGUUAGACGGCUGAAAGAAGAGCUGACUCUGUCCUGGACUCCUCCAAACUUCUUUGCGUUGGUCUUCAGCCAGGCCGGAGUAUACGUUUUUACACUGAGCAGCCAACACCACAAACACAUGUAUGUGCGGGUGAUGCCAGCAGGUGGUCAGUGUUAUGAGACCGGCCCCUUUUUCCCCACCAUCCCUCGUCAUGUGACCAGGCUGGGAAUCAGUAAGAGACGCAACCUGUUACUAAGGCCUGAUUGGCUGGUGACCGGAGGACUGCUAUUUGGAGCUGUUGUCAUCCUCUGUUUAUGUGUGACACUGCUGAUCCUGUUUCGUGAAUAUGGAUGGCCUGAGAAGAAGCCAAUCAAAGCGCGGUACCGCUUGUUGCAGCUGUCCUACAACAUGGACGACUACUCAUCAAAAGGCUCAAGGGUGAUCUCACUUAGGAAGAUUCACAGAAAUCAUCAAGCCAGAAUGACACAGGACUCCAUUCAACCAGAUCUCGAAUAA